GCUAGCCGUUAGCUUGUCACUGUUGGCAGUGGAAAGCAGUCGACCCAGGAGGUUUCCCGAACAUCGAACUUAAACGCUGUCCGAGCACUGUUAAAACUGGAGGGUUACGACUUAAGUCCAGGAUGUGCUCCGUCGUCGGAUGUGAUUCGUCGCGUCGCAGUGCGCAACGAUUCAAGUUACCGGAGGAUCCGGAGAGGAGGCUGGUGUGGGUCCAGUUCCUGUUCGAAGUUAACGGGCAGCGACUUAAAGAAUCGUCCUGGACCGAUAUCACCAUUUGCACGGAGCACUUCACUCACGACUGUUUCGAAAACGUGACUCCGGCGGCUGGCACGGUCCAGCUGAAGCCCAAUGUUGUCCCGUCAGUGUGCAUCAAGUCGGAGCCAGAGGGACCUCCGGACAGCCCGCAAGCUGUGGAGCCUGUGCAGACCACACACAUCGCUUAUCAGUGUGACAACGUUGACGCAUGUGAUAGUCCAACGUCCCACUCUGAAGAAUCAGAACAUACGCCAACAGGUUCCCAAGCAAGUCCUGAGUCAAGUGGAGUCUCAGUGUCAUAUUCAUCUGAUGCUUCAAAUGUUGCUGCCCCCGGGUUUGACCGGGUGCCACAAAAACUCAUGACUGGUUUGAACAGGGAAAAAGCUGCACUUCUGCAGAAGAGAGGAAAGUUUGUUGUGAACGAAAGCUGCCUCCUCCAGUUGUUCCGCCGCAAGUGCCCGUUGUGCGGCUGCAAACUUCAGAUGGAGAAGGUCACCUACGGGGCGCUCGUCGUCUUCAACCAGUGGUGCCUUCGGUGUGAGUACAGGUACCAGUGGAAAAGCCAGGUCAAUGCCAGUGUCCCGACGGCUGAGUUCCAACACCUGAGAGGAGGCUCAGGAUUCACUUCAGAGACCCAGCAGGAAGUGGCCACAGAGGACGACCCCAGCACCAAAGCUUUCUCUCAGAUUGUUAUGUUGAGUGAUGAAGACAGCGAUCCCCCAGAUGAAGACGAAGAAGGCGAUGACGGUGGCGUGAGUUCAGAUGAAGAAUGGCAUCCAUCUGAGGGUUUUUUGCUGACCGAAGAGCUCGCAGAGGAGUCUGAAGAGGAGACGGAAGAUGAAGGCGAGGAGGAGGAGCAGGAGUUUGAUUCCCUGGGUGGCCUCAAAAUUAAUGAGCUCUGCACGGAGUGCGGACGCUUUUUCGAUGUUCUGAAGCCUCACGCGUGCGAGCACAAAAUCAAGCCCUAUUCCUGCAACAUUUGCGGCAAAAGGUGUGUCACCGAGAUGUCUCUAAAAAUUCACAGCAAAAUCCACGACGAAACCUACGAGCACCCUUGCAAAUACUGCCACGUCACCUUCAAGACACGGGUGGACAAAUGCAAACACGAGCAGACCCAUCAAGAUAGCAAGGACCCCUACAAAUGCCCUGACUGCCCGAAGACAUUUACAACCAGUAAAGAACGCAGCAUCCACCUGGCAAACCACAGAGCCCCGAAGGAGUUCAAAUGUGGAGUCUGCGGGAUUGAAUUUAAGGACGUGCAUCACCUUCGGAGACACUCUGUCGUGCACACAGGGUUGAAACCGUACAAGUGUUCAGUCUGCAAACGUGGCUUCAACCAGACGAGCCACCUGAAGUCCCACAUGCGUCUGCACACGGGGGAGAGGCCUUACAAGUGCCAGCAUUGCGAUCACAGCUUCAACCAUAACGUGAGCUUGAAGAGUCACGUCCAGCGGUACCACUCAUCGAGCGCUGGAUGUGAACGGAAGAAAGGGAAGAGAAAGGAAAGGGCGAGCGGGAGUAAGGGCACAGACUCUGAGUUUGACAGCGCAGAAGGACAAGACACAGAGGAGGAGGUGAUGGAGACGAGGACAGAUGUGCCGAAAAGUAAGAGGAGGAGCACGGGUAGACCCAGAGGAAGGCCGAAGAGGAAUGCAGCAGGCGGCUUGGUUCUGGCAGGCAGGGGAGGAGGCCGGCGCUCAAACACUAAGAGUGCAAAAUCAAAGGCGCAGAAGUUAAAGAGGACAGGUUCCAGCGAUGAGGAAAGCGAGGACGAGCAAUCAAGCAGCGAUGCAUCCUUUGACGAAGAGGAAGAGGAAGAAAAAGAAGAGAAGGAGGCACCGAGGAAGAGUGCAGGGAGAUCAAGGGGAAGGCCAAAAAACGACAGUGACACUGGUUUUGUCCCCGAAGAAGAAACAAAGAAAAAGAGGUACAGCAGCCAGUGCAGUGGCGAGAGCUCAGGGAAACGCAGGGGGAGAAAGAUCUAGAGGUCUGAAAAACUCUUCAAGCUUGCAGAGCUGAAGGAUUCAUUCUGUGUGAGCGACUGUGAAAAUAAAAGAAGCCACUAACAUUUGAGGUCCGUUUGGGCCGAUAUCUCUCGAUACCUCUUAUUAAAAACAGUUUGAGAUGUGAGAAGCAUCCACACGGGUUAGCGUCCGUCUGAACUAAAUUGUCUUUUGCUCUUAAGACAUCAUGUUGCUUUGGUUUUCAAAUACUUUUAAACCUGUUAAAUGAUGUGAAGCCCGUGCCAUUUGAUCUGGAGAAGUGGAUUAGCUAGGGCUAAUGUCAAGUCUGAGUUCCUUUGCAAGAAAAACAAGUGAGCGUUGGUUCAAAAUCAAGGAGCUCUUCAGCUUGAUAAAUGGUCUUUCCAGCUGUCACCAAUGAGACCAACAUUCUCUGAUGAUUUGAUAUCAUUAAUAAUGCAAAGACAUGCAGUAAAGGAGGGUGAGUAUUUAUUUUUAUGUAUGUCAGUUUCAAGCUAAAAACCACCUUUAUACUCUUAAAGUAAGUCAGGACACUGGUUCAGUCAGUUUCUAGCUCGUCUUAUUCUCUAUAAAACUGCAUAAUUAUGUAAGAAUUCAAGAAUUCAGAUAGCAGUUCAUUGUUACAUGUUGUGUAAUAUUGCACAAUAAAUUAAACUCAAUGUUAAUUAAUGUAAUGGAUAGAUAGAGUCUUGGAUUUUGGAUAGAUUUGUUGCUCUCCAGGUCAGUUUCCUUAAGUACGUCCAAAUCAUAUCAGCUAGCUGAGGCUUGAAACUAGUUUGCCAGACAGUAGUACAGUACGUUCAUCACAGUGAAGAGAAGCUGGUCUCGGUUCUUUUAUCAAAAGGAUUUGACUUUUUCCCCUACCUUGCGAUUCUUGAAUAUAAAUGUACUGGCGCAUCUGGGACCAUGAGUUCCCACUUUGAUCAGAAACCCUGGAUGAAUCCCCCCUGCUUACAUGUUUAUCCUCUUUCCCUCUCAUGUGUGUGCCAGUCAUUGAGCUUCCUUCAAUGCCUGUCAGGGUUUUUUUUUUUUGAGUGUUGGAGAAACUUAUUCAGCUUUGCUCUCUGGGAAAGAGUCAGCCUGUUGCCUGGUUAAACUUGCGGUCGCUCAGUGGAUUAGACAU